UCGCCGUUCCGCAAACUCCUCAUUUAUUCGUUACAUGGUCUCUACGAACUUUUUGGGGUUUCUGGUUUUUAAUGAGAAGCCCUCCCAUCUGGUUUUACGAGCGGUUUUUCAAGCAUUUUCACGAGUUCGAUACGGUCUCUUGGUAGGCUUUUUUCUUCUCCUACCGAAGCUAGAGGAUCUAUUCCUUGUUUCACUGGGUUGGAUCUGGUUUUCCGAGCAGUCUUUUAGAUUCUAGGCUUCUAUCUAGGGGGUAGUCCGAUCUCCGAUUUCCCGGUGGUUUCUGUCAAGUCAAAUUGAAGUUCGGGCUGUUUCGUAUCAGGAUUCGGUGGCUGAUCUGAUUCUGCAAGCGGAUUGAGUAGUAUCUGCUUCGAUUUCUUGGCCGGAGAUGGCUUUUCGGGUGUUUUUAUCUCUUCCGAGCUGGUGAAGAGAGAGGCUUAACGAUUUAAGGCAUUUGUUUGGGUUGUUCUAUUUCUCUUUGGUUGUUUUUUUGGGGGGAGAUUGGAGAUUAGCUUUACGGUAUGACGUCGGGAACGAGGCUUCCGACAUGGAAGGAGAGGGAGAAUAACAAGAGAAGGGAGAGAAGAAGGCGGGCGAUCGCCGCGAAGAUCUUCGCGGGUCUACGAAUGUACGGAAAUUACAAGCUUCCGAAGCAUUGCGACAACAACGAGGUCCUGAAAGCGCUCUGCAACGAAGCCGGAUGGACCGUCGAAGAAGACGGUACCACUUACAGAAAGGGAUGCAAGCCUGUGGAGCGCAUGGAUGUAGUUGGUGGGUCUGCUUCCGCAAGCCCAUGUUCUUCAUACCAGCCAAGCCCAUGUGCAUCAUACAACCCUAGCCCAGCAACAUCUUCCUUCCCAAGCCCAGCUUCAUCGUCUUAUGCUGCCAAUGCUAAUGCAAAUGGUGAUGGCAAUUCCCUGAUCCCUUGGCUGAAAAAUCUCUCAUCUGUAUCAUCCUCUGCCUCCUCAAAGCUACCCCACCAUCUCUAUAUCACUGGUGGUUCCAUAAGUGCUCCUGUAACCCCUCCACUGAGCUCCCCAACUGCCCGUACCCCACGAAUCAAGACCGACUGGGAUGAUCCUACUGCUGGUCCUACCUGGCCCGGACAGCACUACUCCUUCCUACCUUCCUCCACUCCACCAAGCCCUGGGCGUCAAAUUGUCUCGGACUCGGGAUGGCUUGCCGGUAUCCGUAUCCCCCAAGGUGGGCCAUCCUCUCCUACAUUCAGCCUUGUCUCAUCAAACCCAUUUGGAUUCAAGGAAGAGGUCUUAGCUGGUGGAGGGUCUCGAAUGUGGACACCUGGUCAAAGCGGGACAUGCUCACCAGCAGUUGCGGGGGGCUCCGACCAGACUGCAGACGUUCCAAUGUCAGAUCGCAUCUCAGAUGAAUUUGCAUUUGGUAGCAAUGCAACAGGACUGGUGAAGCCAUGGGAAGGAGAGAGGAUCCACGAGGAGUGCGGAUCAGAUGACCUUGAACUCACCCUUGGCACUUCUAGGACCAGAUAGAGAAGCGUGGAGAGAAAGGGCGAAAGAUGUUUAUGGUCUCUUGCUUUUAGCUUCUUCAUCCUUUGUGAAAAAACCAGUGGCUUGUUAUUUCAAAGACCAUUGAACCUUAAUCUUGGUGUUACUGGUGAGAAGGUGUUGAUUAAAAAGAAUGUUCGUCCGUGAAUCAGAGCUCGGUUUUGGACGGGAAAGGGAAUGGUAGGGGGUGUGUAGGGGAGUAGUGAAACUAAGGAAAAAGAUACAGGGUUCCUUUCUAUUUUUUGUCUUUUUAAAUUAUAUAUUGUUCAAGGUGGUGGGGGUGGGAUCGUAGGGUUCACGUUCACCCCUUCUUUGUUUUCUUUUUCAUUUGUUUCUUUCUUUUAUUGUAUUCAAAGUUUGAACCCACUAAUAUAUGGAUGCUGAUUUGGUCUCUCUUGACUCGUCAGUUUUUUUUUUUUUGGCCAUCCAGAGCAAUGUUUGAUUGUGGAGGAGAUGGGACGAAUUAAAUCUUUGCAUUUGGAUAAAGAACUUACUUCAAUCUCUAUUUGGAAUCUUGGGGUGA